AUGAAGUGGUUCAUCUUCGUUCUUGUCGUUGUCUCAUUAAGUAAUUGUCAAGCCUCUUCUAGCUAUGAGCUGCUUGCAGCAUACGCAUGGGCGAGUGAUACAGAAUCGUUCUAUCCUGACUUCUCAGCGUCGCUCACAGCCGAUCAACGUCCAUCAAUCUUUCAAUAUUUUUAUAAAGGUGCGCCUACUCUAUUCUCUUGUAGUACACGCGAUUGUCUUGAAAUUUCAACUCUUCAAAUGCCCGGCCUCCAUGAGGCUCAAUUUGCUCUUAGUGGUGUGUCACCUCGUCGAAUUCAACAGUAUUCACCUGUAGCUAAUGGUGCUCAAUAUUUUCUCUCAAAAGGCUAUAAAACACCGAAUAAACAUAAAUCACAACAUAAAUCUAACUCAAAAAAGAACCCAAUAUAA